CUUAGCUGACACGUACAUAACCAGAAGCGAACCCUCGCCCUCGGACAACUCAUCAUGAAGACCGUCUUCGCCCUCACCGCUGUUGCCAUCGUCAUGGCCUUUGCUUCAGCUGAGCCCCUUAACCCAUGCGAGUUUGUCUGUCCCUACAGCCUCAUUCCGGUCUGUGGAAGUGACGGCUUCACCUACCCCAGCGAAUGUGACCUGAAGAGAGUCGACUGUGUCCGACGAGGUGUGGUCCCAUUGACCGUAGCCUACACUGGACGGUGCAAGUGUGACGAAGUGGCCUGUUCUAAAAGUCUACUCCCGGCCUGCUCUAGCGAGGGUGUGACUUACCCCUCAGACUGUGCCCUCAGACAAACCGCCUGCCGGGAAGAACGAGAGAUCACCAUUGCCCAUAUGGGGGAGUGCGAAUCCAAGUAAACAUGAACCACAUUCAGAAAUUGUUAUAAAACAAAUGUUUACGUUAAUAAAACUGCAAUAGAAUUAUGCAAAAACUAACCUCGACUUACUACAGUCACUACGGGGCCCUGUAGCCAAGUGGUUAGCGUGCUAACAUCAGUGACUC